UUAGGGUUUAUGCCACUCGGUUGUUUUGUUCUUGCGCCAAGCGCGUUGCCGCCUUCCACAUCGCCGAUCGAUCGGGAGGUGGUCGCAUAGGCAGCAUCUUCCUGAGCGCUGGUCGAUCGAUCGCGAGGUUUUAGGGUUCUUAUUUAAAUCUGCGGGUGGUCGGGGAGAGGCAAUUUGGGUAUUUUCGCGUGUUUUUUUGCUUUCGUUCGUGUGUGGAUUCGUUCGAAGAUAGGUGCCUCUUGUAGUAGCGCGGCAGUCGCCACACAGCGCUGCAAUAUGAGGAAGAGUUCGAGGCGCACUGGCGUGAUGCCCGCUCCAGCGGCGAUGGCUCCACCCGUGAAGAAAAAGAAAAGGACUGACACGAGUUUGAAUCCAGCAAAGUCGAGCUCCAAGGAAUUCGAUAAGUGUGACACCUUGUUCAGUCGCUAUGCUGAGAAGAAUGACAAGUGCUUGAUCGGUCCGGAAGGAAUAGAGGCGCUGUGCCGGGACUUGCAGAUCGAACCCACGGAUAUGCGUAUUCUUCUCCUGGCUUGGAAAUUCGGAGCUGACAAGCAGGGAUUCUUCACGCUGGAGGAGUGGCGAGCGGGCUUGAAGGCCUUGAAAGCGGAUACACUGGAUAAGUUGAAGAAGGCACUCGCAAAUCUCCAGCAACAGGUUGCGGAUGACGAAGAAGAAUUCAAGUCCUUGUACAGCUUCUCCUUUCAGUAUUGCUUGACAGAACCAAGGCAAAAGACGCUGGAUCUCGAUUCGGCGUGCCAAAUGCUGGAGCUCAUUCUCUCGGGACGACCGCAUUUGGAUUCCUUCACUCGUUUCCUCCAGGAGCAAAAGGAAUACAAGGGGAUCAAUCACGAUCAGUGGAUUGGAUUUCUUCGCUUUUGUGACGAGGUGAGCACUGAUAUGAGUAACUACGAUGAGACGCAAGCGUGGCCUCUGCUCCUGGACAACUACGUGGAGUGGUCAAAACAGGCCGGUGGCUCCAAAGAGCCCAUGUAAGAGAGAGGUGGCAUAUGCGAUUGAAAAUUCUUUUUUGCCCU